AUGUUGCUUCGUAUUCGAUCCAAGGAAGGCAUGAGCCGCAUUCAAGUCGAGGCAAGCGACACAUUUGCCGAUCUGGCUGAAAAGAUCGCGGCCACACUCCAACUUGCAGAUGCCGGCACGAUCGCUGUAGGCGACUCACCCAAACCAGAGGCAGCGACACCUAUCACGACCAUGAGCGACAAGACUCUAGGAUCGGCUAACUUAAAGCACGGUGAUAUCGUCUAUGUGUCCUAUGCUGAAAAGCCGACAACGACCGAAGCAGCAUCUUCAUCAUCGACAGCAGCCAACUCUUCAGAAUUUAUUCCAAUGAACGAGCUCGCAAAUAUUAAGCAGGAGCCUGUGGAUGAUCUGCUCGAGAAGGAACGGGGUUUAAUCAAACGCCCAAAGGAUACCAAGUUUUGUCGACACGGUGACAAUGCCAUGUGUGAUUACUGUAUGCCUCUCGAGCCUUAUGAUGCUGGUUAUUUGGAAGAGAACAAGAUCAAGCACAUGUCAUUCCAGGCCUAUCUUCGCAAGAUUGAUGCUGCCAAGCAAACGAGUGCGCCAUCUUCUACAGUACUCAAGCACCUACCGCCUCUUGAAGAACCGGAUUACAGAGUCAAGGUCCCAUGCUCUGGUGGUCACGCACCUUGGCCGGAGGGUAUUUGUACAAAGUGUCAACCCAGUGCCAUCACGCUUCAAAGACAGAUCUAUCGAAUGGUGGAUCACGUUGAGUUUGCAUCAGCUGGAGUCAUCGAUACCUUUUUGAAUGCUUGGCGUGAAUCGGGCACACAGCGAUUUGGAUAUUUGAUUGGACGAUACGAGCCCUAUACCGAAGUACCACUUGGCGUUAAGGCGGUUGUGGAAACAAUCUAUGAGCCACCUCAGGAGGAUCACAUGGAUGGUAUUAAGCUAUCGUUGCCAUGGGAUGAGGAAGAAGCUAUGGUGAAUCGUGUGGCGGAAGCGUGCGGGCUCAAGAUGGUGGGCAUGGUAUUCACGGAUCUUAUCGAUGACGGCACCGGCAAAGGAACAGUGGUUGCGAAGCGACACGUGGAUUCGUACUUUAUGUCAUCACUCGAAUGUGCAUUUGCAGCUGAUAUGCAACGCCGCUAUCCAAAUCCUUGUCGACACUCAGCUACUGGCAAAUAUGGAUCCAAGUUCUUGACAUGUGUUAUUUCAGGCGAUACGGAAGGCAACAUUGACGUCAAGGCAUAUCAAGUAUCAGAAACGACCGUUGCCCUCAAGGAAGCUGACAUCAUUGAGCCCAGCCGUAAAGCUUCCGUUAUGCGUGUCCAAGAGAGUGUGCCUCAUGAACGAUACGUGCCUGAGGUGUUUUACAAGUUCAAGAAUGAAUAUGGCGUUGUGGUUAAGCAAUCAGCUAAACCUACAUUCCCUGUUGAAUAUCUUUUGGUUAAUGUCACACAUGGUUUCCCACAAAGUCCCAAUCCUUUAUUCCAUGCCAGCCCAUGUUACAGUAUUGAGAACCGCCACACAGGUGUACAAGAUGUCAACACGCUCUCUCGAUACUUGAAUUCCUCUGGUGAUCUCAAGCAGCUAUUAUCCGAUUUCCAUGUUUUGUGUUUCAUUCGGAAGCUUAACAUGCUCAAUGAUGAUGAGUUUUCUGUUCUCUGCAACGUGGCAACCAAAUCGGAUGUGCCAGCCGAAGUACUAGAGCAGCUUACUGGAUGGAAAACCAUGACUAUGGUACUAAAGGAAGCAGAAGGAAACGCGCGCUUUAAUACGCCAUCGACACAAUCGGCAACACCUUCCGGUGCCGUUACCCCUGCAACAUCCGACCUUGCUGAAGUUUCUUGUCGACACUGUACAUUUGCCAAUGCAGCUGGUGCUGUCAACUGCGAAAUGUGCGGUUUACCUCUCAAUGAAUAG